ACUUCAGCCUCGGCAGCUACGCCAGGAGCUCUGACAUUCCAGCGCCGGCAAAAGCCAUCCGAAAACUCGAGUGUUCAUCUCGCACUGCGGCAUCAUGGGUGCGCAGGAGGCCAAGUACCACGGCGUACCAGUGCUCGCCGUACCAAUCGCCUUCGACCAGCACCGCAAUGCCGCGCGGAUGGUGCGCCAGAAAGUCGCAAUAUCGCUGUCGUGGAACACGGUCACCGCGGAUCAAAUUGUUGAUACUCUCAAUAUCCUCGUUAACGACACAAGCUACUCGGAGCGCCUGCGUCACACGUCCGCCGUCCUGCAGGAUCAGAAGGAGAGUCCCGCGGACCGCGCCGUGUGGUGGGUAGAGUACGUCAUCCGGCACGGGGGGGCGCCGCACCUGCAGUACCCCGGCCAGCGCCUGCAUUUCCUGCAGUACAUCUGUGCAGAUGUGCUGCUGUUCUUCGCUGUCUGCACUUACUUUGUGAACAGACUGGCUAAAUGCAUCUUAAUCUAUUCAUGA